CGACAGGUGGGCUCGCUCAACAACAGCACCCAGUCACUCGAGGGCGUUGGGCAAGUUGCUGACUCUGGGUCGCGAGGGGCUGGUUGCAUGACGGGCGACACGACCCCAAGUAGCGCUGCUCGAAACCGGCAGCUUGAUGACGUUGACGUGGAGACGCCUGAUGAAGACGACGAAGAGAGUCCCGCAGCCAUUGUGCGGCAGAUCCGGCGACUCUACAACGCACUACAGCGAGUGCUGGACUGGCAAGUUCUGAGUCGUCUCCCCCGAAUUUUAGAAAUGAAGCUCACAAUCCGAGUUCGGCUAGCCAUGACGGCACAAGCAGACGCCGCGCAAUUACUUCAGAAGAUCGCCCAGGUUGACACGCCUAGCAGCACCCGAGUCGACGGCCGUGGCCUUUAUCAGGGGGGUUUUCCCGCCAUCACGAACACGGUUCCGCCCGGCCAUCGAGAAACGAUGGACGUCUAUAAUGAUGCCAUGGAUGCGCAUCGUCGGUGGGAUAGCAUCGGCAACAGAGUCGGCGAGGACUGUCUUUCUGGUGGGCCAACAGAGGCAGUAACAACUAACAUUCUCGAGCGUGCGCAAGAUAGCCAGCUCACGGCAACUUCUUCGGGUGGCAUCGCUGACGCUCGUGGUAGGAAAACGUCGGUGACAUCGUCCGCAGCCACUGAAUUUUUUCAAAACGCGAUGGCGCAGCUUCUAGAAGGACACCAUAGUCGUCGAGACCUUAGCGACGGUGUUUCGUUUUUUAGCCGUCAGUCAACUCCAGGAGCAGAACAGGCGGCCGCGGGCUCUCCGGGUUCGUUGCCUUGGCUCCACCAGGAAGCUUACACUGAGGAGGCUAUGGACGUGAGUACAUCAGCCAACGACCGCGUUGACGAGGCGCUCGGUGUCCAGGGAGAUGAAGACGACGAGGAGGACGCCGCAGUGGCGCGGUCACUCUCCAAACUGUCGCUUAGUGGUGGACGCACAUGUAACCCAGGUGACGCAUCGUCGGGGUCUGCCGCUGCUAUGGCCAGCACGGCGGCCUCUCCUGGAACUGCAGGCGUAUCGUCUGGAGGUGAGGCCCCAGAAUUUGCGAGUCGCACGCGAUCGGGAGGCUUCUCUUCCUGUCAUGCUACGAAAACAAGGUCAUGGGUUGCUGCGACGGUCGACUCACA